GAACGCAGACAAAACGACAGACGAGAAAUACCUUUGUUAUGGAUGUGAAAAUAAGAGAUGGAUAGACCCUUCAGUGACAUUUUAUCAACGCACAAUGUCUAAACUGCAGAUUUUAAGUGUUUUUCUGACAGAGAGAUUAACAUUAGCUGCGCAGGAGAUAUUUAAGGCUGUGGAAGACAUAUUUUCAGAGUAUAAUGAGGAGAUUUGUCGCUCCAGACUGGAGAUUGAGCUGCUCAAGAGGAGACUGCAGCAGGCAGGAGUUCAGAUGGACUCUGUAACACAGCUUUGCUCCACUGAGACUCAAGGACAGAAAUACACCCAGACAUUUUCAGAGGAAUGGAGAUCUGAACAUGACUUGAAGGAUACAGCAAUGCAUAUGAUCCUAGAUAUUUGUACAAAGGAGGAGGAGAAUGAAGAGGACAUGCCUGUGUGCGGUGAAUCAGCAUCCUUAUCACCAUGUAUGGACAUUUAUCAUGAUCAGACGCCCAGCAAAGACACUGAAACCCAAGUGAUGGACAGUAGUGAGAAUAAUUUUCCCUUUAUUAACAAAGCAGCUCGAAUUAAGAAUGAGCCUGAGACUAAUACUGAAACAGGUACCACCUGCCAAAUACAGCAGAACAUCACAAAACAAGAUUUGGAUGAUUCAGGGGCCAGUGAUGCGUCCAGUGACGUCAACAAAGUCAAAGUUAGCCACGUUGGCUUCCCCAGACAUGAGACACAAACAUUUAAUCUGCCCCUCAGAAAUCAAGAGAUGUUGACGCAGCAUCGGAUGGAGCUGGCCCAGAUAAGAGAGAGAAUGUCUUUGAAAAUCCAGUCCUGUCACUCUGAGUGUAAAAGUAAGAAAAGUCAACCGUCUGUCUGUCAGGAUGAAGUGUCAAAAUCUGACAAGCAGAAACCCGAAAAUGCAAGAUACAGUCAGGCCUGGAGGGAUCGCUUGAAAAAAGACCCUGUAAAAUUUGCUGAGUUCAAAGCUUUUGAAACUGCAAGAGCAAGAGAGUAUAGAAGAAAGAGGACUGCUGCUGCUGUAGAAAUUGAUAAGGAUAAUAAUCGUGAGCGACAGCGAAGAUUCAGAACCAAAAAGAAGUUACAUCAGUGCAAAGCUGAUGAUAACCCUCUGCCACCUAAAAAAACAAAAGCCUUAACAGAAGAAGAGAGGAUGAAGAAACGAGAGUAUGAUAGGAUAAAAAAAAGAGAAGAGAGAGAGAGGAUGGGAGCAGAGAAGAAAAGACAAAUUCGUGAAAGAGAUGCAUCGCGAAAGAGGGAAAAAAGAAACGAGACAAAAAAUCUUACUGACACUCCACAUACAAACCUUGGCUCUAAAUCGUACAGCUGGAUCUAAAUCUGCAAAACGAAUGGCAGUGUUACGGAUGAGGGAAAAAAUUCCGGCUGAUGCAGAAAAGUUGGACAUUGUAACCGACUUCAUCCAUUGCUGUACUCCUCAUAAACAAGCAGCUUUGAAAGAUAGAGGUCUGAAAAAAGCUUGACGAUGAAUAGAUUUCGAUGGCCCGCUUCAAAAAGAACUUCAAUCCACAUUUGAAGCUCUAUAGAAGGAUACUUCAUCCUUGGAGAAGCAGAGCCUGAUUGUCACUAGUUUGUUGGUUGCCAAAAAGUACAGAAUGCAACACAUUUUAGCAAAGGCGCUUUAAUCUUCGUCCAGCAUAUCUCACUAAAUUAUCAAAGUCCUCAUCCAAUGAAAGUUUACGUAAAAAACGAAGGUCUGAUGUCACUUGCAUGGAUGUUGUGAACAAUAUUUGCUUUCUAUUGAAUCCUAAGGUAUCACAAGAACUUCCUUACAU